GUGGACCGCGCGGCGGGACUGCAUGAGUUCUUGUGUCCGGCCUCCCUUCCCCACCGCCACCGGCAGUCACUAGCUGCACCUUCCGCGCGCCGCCGCUUCUACCGCCGUUCUACGUGGGCUACGCGCGGCGGACAGCAGGCGAGUAUUCCGACCAAUUAAUCCAACACUCUUCUCCCUUGGCUUGCUUUCUCGCGUGAGGGCGCAUUGAUCUUGUUCGUUUCGGGAGACACCACACCAAGGAUGCCAUCGGGUUUUCUUUUCUUGUGAUCGACAGUCAUUUCUUCUCCAUCGUCGAAAUGGCGGCGGUUUAGUUUUUCCGGUCAGAGGUCAGAUCAUGAUCAGAUCAUCGAUCCUGAUUCGAUCGCGGCUGCCGGCUGAGAUCGUGGUGGAAAACCUAAUCGAUCCUUCGUUUCGAUUCCUAAGCUGUGAUUUACUACUUGCCAUAGACGACGAAGCCCGGCUGCCGUGUCUCCCAUGUUGUUUUUCUUUCACUCCUUCCUGAAUUUUGGCUGAAAAUUCAGCGCAUUGAUCUUUCACUCCUUUCUGAAUUUUGAUCUUCUGUUUGUGCAGCGAAUCACCGAAACUCCUUUCUGAAUUUUGAUCUUCUGUUUGUGCAGCGGAUCACCAAAACCUUCUUCAGAACUUUGAUAGGGGAGUAACAGUUAAUUUAGAAGUUCCAUAAAAACUCGUCCUCUUUGAUCUUUGACGAUAUGCUGAUGUAAUUGUGCCGGUUUAUGAUUUCUCUGAGCUUGCUAAUUAAUUCACAAAUAUUCUGGUCUAGAUUUCGGUCCGCUCCUCAAUCAAUAUGUACCCUUAAUAAUUAGUUAAUUGGUCAUAAAUUAUUGCAAUUCUUUCCACAAGCGUUUUCCAUUACUUUCCUUUCCUCGGCAAAGCUACGUACUUGCAAUCUUCAUAAGGCUGCUUACUCUCAUUCCUCUGCAAGCAUUUCAGGCCAGUUUCAGCAAGAACCGAAUCCUCCCCUCAUCUCUGUCCAACUCCAAGCUCCGGCGCGCGACGAUGAAGCACACGACAUCGGACUCGGACGUGACGAGCCUGGCGACGACGUCGCCGUCCCGGUCCCCGAAGAUGUCCGCCUACUACGUCGUGAGCCCGUCGCGCGACUCCCGGGACGACGGCGACAAGUCGUCGUCGACGCAGGCGACGCCCGUGUACAGCAGCCCGCUCGAGUCGCCGUCGCACCAGUCCUCCCUCGGCCCGCACUCCAGGGCCUCCUCCGCCAGCCGCUUCUCCGGGCCCCUCCUCAGGUCGCCGUCCGGCGGCAAGGCCGCCUCCCGGAAGCGGCCCCGCGGGCACGGCAAGGGGUGGCACGAGGUCGACGUGAUCGACGAGGACGACGGUGAGUACGACGACGACGACGAGGGAGAGGUCUCCAGGGGGUGCGUCGUCGCCUUCUGGUUCUCGGUUCUGGUCCUGGCCUUCACUCUCGUCUGCCUCGUCGUGUGGGGCGCUGCCCGGCGCUACAAGCCCACCGUCGUCGUCAAGAGCUUGACGGUGGAGAAUUUCUACGCCGGAGAAGGCGUGGACCGCACCGGGGUGCCGACGAAGCUGGUCACCGUGAAGUGCUCGCUCAAGAUCGACGUCGACAACCCUUCCACCAUGUUCGGCAUCCAUGUCUCCUCGACCUCGAUCCAGCUCAUGUACUCACAGAUACCCAUCGCCAACGGUCAGUUGGAGAAGUUCUACCAGCCGAAGGCGAGUCGGCAUGUCGCCUCGGUGAUCCUGCACGGCGAUAAGACCCCUCUCUACGGAGCCGGUGCUACGUUCUCCGACACCGGAGACACGGUGCCGCUGACGCUGGACUUGGUGGUGAACACCAGAGGGUAUGUCAUCGGCAGGCUUGUCAGGGUCACACACGAGAGGCGUGUGCAAUGCCCGGUCGUCGUGAGCUCUCAUAGCGACAGGCCCAUCAGGUUCACCCAGAGUGCUUGCAGUUACACUUAGGUGGUGCCUUGAGAUUUCCUGGGUAACAAUAAAAGGUUGUGAUCGUGUAGAUUCUUGAGGUUGUUCAUGACAAGAGAACCAUCUGAUUAAUAAUCAACAUCUGAUGAUAGCA